CUUCACGCUCCCAUCACAACACUCCAUUUCUCUCUCAUUCCUCCAAACUCUUUUGCAUUUCUACUCUUCAUCCAUCGAUCUCAGAUCCUGCCUUCUCAUUUUGACGAUUGAGUAGAGAUGUCGAAAGCUGGAGCAUUUGAUCUUGCAUCUGGACUCGGUGGCAAAAUCGAGAAAGAUGACGUCCUUUCCGCCGUCGAUAAGUAUGAAAAGUAUCAUGCGAGUUUUGGAGGUGUGGAGGAAGACAGAAAGGCUAACUACACUGACAUGGUUAACAAAUAUUAUGAUCUUGUCACAAGCUUCUACGAGUAUGGUUGGGGAGAAUCAUUUCAUUUUGCCCCAAGAUGGAAAGGGGAAUCACUUCGAGAAAGCAUUAAGCGACAUGAACAUUUUCUUGCUUUACAGUUAGGCUUGAAGCCUGGACAAAAGGUGUUGGAUGUAGGGUGCGGAAUUGGUGGGCCAUUGAGAGAAAUUGCUCGAUUUAGUUCCACAUCUGUGAUGGGCAUAAACAACAACGAAUAUCAGAUAACAAGAGGAAAGGUGUUGAACCGCGUUGCAGGAGUAGAAAGGACCUGUGACUUUACAAAGGCUGAUUUCAUGAAGAUGCCAUUUCCUGAAAACAAUUUUGAUGCAGUUUAUGCAAUUGAGGCUACUUGUCAUGCUCCAGAUGCGGUUGGAUGCUACAAAGAGAUAUUUAGAGUUUUGAAGCCAGGUCAGUCUUUUGCUGCAUAUGAGUGGUGCAUGACUGAUGCAUUUGACCCCAAUAACCAAGAGCACCAAAAAAUCAAGGCAGAAAUCGAGAUUGGUGAUGGCCUUCCGGACAUAAGAUCAACUAGACAAUGUCUUGCAGCUCUAAAAGAAGCAGGUUUUGAGGUUAUAUGGGAGCAAGAUCUCGCCAAAGAUUCACCCCUUCCCUGGUACUUGCCCUUGGAUACAAGCCAUUUCUCUCUCAGCAGUUUUCGUCUAACAGCUGCUGGACGCUUCUUCACAAAGAAUAUGGUCAUGGCCCUUGAAUAUAUCGGACUUGCCCCUAAAGGAAGCCAGAGGGUUCAAUCCUUCUUAGAGAAAGCUGCAGAAGGGCUUGUUGCUGGUGGAAAGAAGGAGAUCUUCACACCACUGUAUUUCUUCCUGGCACGGAAGCCACAAUAGGACGAUGACCCGAAGCAGAAGUAUGAUUGUGUUGGCCAGCUAGUGUGAAUGAAGUUUGUUAACAGUUACUUAGGUGGUUGACAUUUUCUUUGUGAGGUUUGUUUGGUUUAGAUGUUUUUGAAGCACUUUUGAUCUUUUUGAGUAGGAACACAUCAAAUUGCGGUCUUUUGUUUAAGAUUGUCUUGUGCUGCAGCA